AUGCAAAUUUUGAAAGAGAUUUGUUUCCUUCUGAUCUUUCCACUUCUCCCGGCUAUUGCUGAUGACUUCUUGGAAGAAGAAAUACGACUGGAGGGCAAGAAAGAUGCAGAUAAUGUGCUGGGAGCAUUUGUUACUGAAUUUUUCGCUGAUUCACAGUGGCAGCUAAUCGUUGAUUUGGAUUUCUUCAAAACUUUAUUUCUUCGUCCCACCAGCAAAUUUGAGAAAGCAUUGAAAACAGGUGAUGAGUCAUACAUCAGACGAUUACUGAGUUUAUUGGAACCGUUGAAGGAAUAUGAUGUGUCAUCACCUUGUCUUGCCGAUAUAGCUUAUUUCCUAUGGACAGCUAUGGAUUAUACUCGUUCUAAUAUGCACACUGACUGUUCUAAUUGUACUUGUGAAUUUCAAAUGCGUAGUCAUCAAAAUCAUCGAUGGAUUUUCAACGUAUUAGAUGCGAUGGGCAAGGUACCGGCUGGUAUCUUAAGUGGCAAUAAUCUUUGGAUCGGAUCGUGGAGUGCUUGCCGACGUAUUUCAAUUGUCAAAAAUCGUCAGCAGCAGAGAUGGUCGGGUCAGUAUUGCUUGGCCAGCUUCCAGCCAUACAGUUCAGCUGAUCCAUUCAGAAAUAUUGGUUCUAACCCUAUUGAGGAUCCUAAUGAACAUUGCAGAGGUCCAAACACUUGGCGCUCAAAUGAAACAAAUGAUGAAAAUAACAGAUGCUUUACUCUAAUUCCACUUCUCAACUAUGGCAUCUGCACGCCAGAUUCUUGCACGAAUUAUGACAAAUUAUCAAGUUUGAAAGUUCAACCUUUUCAAAUUACAGUUUACAAAUCAGCUGAGAACGCGAUUGGCCGACAAGUGGUGUGCAAUGUGGACAUUGUUUGUCGCAAUAAUUUGCCUCACUCUCAGCUUUCCCAUGAUUCGAGCUCACUGAUUGUGUUAUUUUUCGUACUUUUUUUAUUAGUGUUGAUGCUUUUCGGCACCCUCUAUGAUUAUGUUGUUUUUCAAACGGAAUUGAAAAAUGAAGAUGAUGAGAUGUGCAGUAAAAAACAAAACUGGUUCCUAAAAGUGUUAUUAGCAUUUUCGGUUUGCACCAAUGGACAAAAUAUCUUAAGAACUGAGAAACAAAGUAAUCAAAUACAUUGCCUUCAUGGUACAAGAGUGCUUAGUAUGUUCUGGAUCAUCCUCGGUCAUUCAUAUUAUUAUAUCAUCAGUAGUCUAACAGUUGAUAAUCUAUUACCAGCAAUGAUUGCCUUUCCGCAGAAAGUUUUCAAUCUUAUCAUUGUGCAAGCACCGCUUGCUGUUGAUUCAUUUUUCUAUCUCAGUGGUAUGCUAACUUCAUAUUUGUUUAUGGAAAAGUUUAAAGCCGAAGCUGCAAAAGGUCGUUCAAUAUAUUCAAUAGAUAUGUGGUCGCUUUUCUACAUUCAUCGAUAUAUCAGGCUUACUCCCAUAUAUUUAAUGAUUAUGGUUCUGGAUGUCACGCUGUUUACGCAUUUCUUCGAUGGACCAUUCUGGCGGCCUAUUGAAGCAAACUAUUGUCGCAGAAGUUGGUGGACUAACCUAAUUUAUAUGAAUAAUUUUUUGUUGCAAGAUGUUGAAGUUUGCAUGGGAUGGACAUGGUAUAUGGCUAAUGACAUGCAGUUUCAUAUAUUUUCACCAGUACUUCUUAUACUUCUGUACAAAAAUCAGCUUGUUGGCAUCAUCAUUGCGUUGUCGCUGAUUACCAUGUCAUCCCUGAUACAUUUAUUCAUCAUUCUCGCAAAUAACUAUCCACCUGCUCCCAUACUUACUGCUAAACUGCAACUAGUGCAGGAUCUGAGCACAUACUGGCCGGAUGUCUAUGUGAAGCCGUAUAUUCGUUGCAGUCCGUACAUAAUCGGUAUAUUGGUGGGAUACGCAAUACAUAAAUUGGAAAAUAGUAGCCGGUUGGAUGCUGUCUACAAUUUCUGGACUUCUAGCCGUAUUUGGUUUGUAUAAUUAUGCUCGAACAGGCGAUAUAUCAGACGCAGCACGUAUUAUUUACGCUUUAUUCGGACGUAAUGCGUAUGCGUUGAGUUUAGCAUGGGUUACAUUCGCAUGUGCUACUGGAUAUGGAGGAGCGGUUAAUGAUAUAUUAGGUUGGCGAGCCUGGAUACCAUUAAGUCGUAUAACAUUUUGUGCAUAUCUCAUUCAUCCUAUUCUGCUACAAAUUUACUAUUUGAGUCGACCACAUGCUUUCCAUUUCACUACCGUUUACCAAAUGCUUUACCAGUUUGCUAUAGCCGUGGCAAUGGCAUAUUUUACGGGCUUGUUUCUAAGCUUAGCAUUCGAGGUACCUGUGUCUAACUUGGAAACUCUGUUAAUCGAUAAAAUUAUGGAAAAAAUAAAGGCGCAUCGACCCCGGAAACCACCGCGAGUAAAAGUGCAAUUUGGAAUGGUGAGCAAUGACGACGCAGACGACAUGAUGUUAAAGGAAGCAAUGAUGAAAUCAUAUACUGAUGAUAUUGCUUUAAAUAAAAAAUAACGAGUCGUUCAUAAAAAUGGAUUUAACAUUUUAUUCUUUAUACUACUGUUAAAACUGUGUUUAAUUUCACUUUGUAAAUAAUAUUAAGC